UUCUGCCUUCCCUCUCCGCAGUCCGCACCCUCCCCCCUGCCCACUAGAGGCGGCCGCUCACGCUCUAUGGCUGCCCCGCCGUCGCCGCAGCCGCGGCCGCGGACGCCGACGGCGCACUCCGCCGGCGGAGGAGACGGCCCUGUCUCCCUCUUCCUCGACACCGACCUCGGCACCCGCCUCGCCCUGCUCGUUGCCCCCGACACCACCAUCCGCCACCUAAAGUCGCUGGUGGCCGGGGAGCAUGCUGCCGCCUUCUCCGACCUCGGCCCCGUCGCCGUCAAGUCCUUCCAGGUCCGCCGGAAGGGUGCAUUGUAUCACCUCUCUGAUUUGAUGACAGUGACAAGUGCCUUCACCAGAAUCAAGGGUGGAUGCUUUCUUCAUGUCAAGAUGGCAGCGGUGGCGGCGGCGGCGGCCACACACUGCUGCCAAGACACUCCAGCAUUCAAUGAAAGGAAAUCGAGUGAAGGUCGUCUUGGAAUUCAUGCAGAGAAGCGUGUUAUGGAGCUGCCUGCGACAAUAUCAGAAAUUGCUAGUGAUGUGCUUCCUCAACGGCUUGAAGGUGGUGAUGAUUCUGCAGUGUUGAAUAAUGUUCACGCACAUGAUGCAGUGCCAAAUGAUGUCGUGUUGCCAUCCUCAUCACAGCUAAACACUGAAAUAAAGAAGAAUGAAGCAGUAACUCUGGCGAGUGAUGCACAAGCAGGAUCUGGUCCAGUUAUUGAUAAAGCAAAGAGUUGCAAUCGCCAGAUAAAACAUGCUAAUCGAAAUGAAUCUUCAAAUCAAAAUAAUAUACCACAUGUUGUAGAGGAGGUGCACGUGAGAAAGGAAGACAUUUUGCAUGGUGAUGGAGACCAAGAUGUUGGUGUUUCUGUUUCUGACAACAAGCAAGUCAGGGUAGAGGAGGAAAUGUUGAAAGAGAUACAUGCAGUGGAAGAUCUUUCUCAAGAAAAGAAGCGUAAAAAGGCUAGGAGGACUGGUUCUUUCAACACAUCAGCUGUAGAUUCUAUUAGAGCAGAUAAUGAGUCUGAUACCAGAGAUGUGAAUAAAUCAAGUAGGGCUCCACUAAAAAGGGACACUACUUCUCAUGGGGAUCUUUUAAAUACUUCUUUUCGGCAAGAAGUCCAUGAAAAUUUACUUGAGGGUUCUAUCCAUCUGGAAAACCCAAGCACUGUUGGAAAGAAGAAGAAAAGGAAAAGGCGUCAAUUGGCUCCUUCGGAAGCUAUUUCUGCUCAAGAAGUGACAAAACCAUCAACUGGGGCAGUGGAGUUAUCAAAAUCCGCAGGCGAAGUUCUGCCUCACAAAGAGAGCCAAGGGCUACAAGAUGAGGAUGCAUAUAAUGUUGAAUGGACUACCGGGGAUGAACCUAUAGUCAGAGCAUCCAAUGCGCCUCUUUCAUCAUCACAACUCAAUAAUGGAAGCCAGGGGGGAGAACAUGUUCAGCUUGUGAGUGAUGCUCAUGCAUCUACUGGUCUAAUUUCUGAACAAGAGAAUGUUGAUCUUGUGCAUACAGGAUACAGAAAUCCUUCUGUUGGAGAUACUGCUAAUUCUACAGCUGAUGUUGUAGCUAGUGAAGGAAAAACUACAAAAGGAAUAGGAAAAACUAUGAAGGGAAGCAACCCCCCUUGGGAUGGAGGGGAUAAUCAUGAGAAAAUCAAACAACAUAAACACAAUGAGGAAAGUCAUGAUGAAGGUGUAGUUGAAACAAGCAACAUGGAGAAAGAUAGCAAAAGUACAAAUGCCUUGGAGAAGAGGCAUACAAAUGAUAAUACUUCUCAAGAGAAGAAGCGUAAGAAAGCAAAGAAGGUUAGUUCUGUUGACAUGGCUUCCAUGGAAACUGCUGGUGAAAAAGAUAUGUGUGGGUAUAGAGAGAAUGCAGCAAAAUCAGAUAUUGUUUCUACUGAAAGGGAGAUUGUCCAUGACCCUUCUAUGCGACAGAUCUCAAGCAAUGUGCAGCAAGGGAAUUCAGGUAUACUAGAAAAUCCAACUGGUGAUAGAAAGCGAAAGAAAAAGAGAAGACACAACUCAGAAUCCUCAAAGGGGGUUGAUCCUUCUCAAGAUCUGAUGAAAUCGUCUGGAUUUGCUACACAUGUAAGCUUGAUACAAAACACAAAUGCCGCUCCUCUAGAUGCCAAGCAAACAGCACAAGGCACUACAGAAGGAACAAUAGUUAGUGACCACAAGAAGCUUGAUGAAAUCCUGGAUGGAGCAGCGGCUAAAGUGAUUGAUGAGGUGUUGGCAGAUCUUAGAUCCACAGACAGCUUAAGUAUGGAUUUGGAUGGAGAUCUGUUAACAGGACAAACUCACCUAAGCAGCAAUCAGAAUGCACUUGGACUUCCUGAAUCCACUAGAGUUAAAGUUGGUCUUAGAGCAACAUUACCUCCAAAAUAUCCAGCAGCAGUUCACUCUGAUGUGCCCGUUAGCUCACCUAGCCAUAAGAAGUCUAAGGGUAAAGAAUUGAAAGUGCUGUCAACCAUGAUUGACUCAUCUCAUUAUUCAAGUGGUGUGCCUGAAGAAGAUUCUAAUACAGAAUUAAGAGAGUUUGAUUCUUUGAGGUUCACUGACAAAACAAGUGAUCUUAAGGAUAUUUUAACUGGAGAUAUAGUAGCACAAGCCGAUGAAAAGCCCAAAGCUACUAAGCGUCAGAGAAAGAAUAUUUCCUUAAAGCAGGUUCCGUCAAAGUAUGGUAAGGCUACUCAAUCUUCGGACGAGCAAGUCAACCAGGUUGUGACAGAGGACUUGAAGGGAGCUGAUGCUACCCAGGCAGAUUUGGUUCCAGGAGGUUCUGUAAUUGACGCUCCUUCAAUUACUGUUGGAAAAGUACAGCAGAAAGGCAAAAGGUCUUCCAAGGCUCAGGUUCAUAUAAUACAAGAAACUUAUAAUUCUACCCAUGGGCAUGAGAGACACUUAGCUAAGGAUAGCCAGGAUGAAUUAACUGACAUCGCUGGGACCCAUGAUAAUGAAAAUGCAGCCAGUGCUCCAACAGAGUUGCCAGUAGUUCAGAAAGAUGCCACAACUCUCAAACCUGCCAGCCCUAAUGCUCGUAAGGGAAGGAAGAAAUCUUCAAACUCUGAACUUCAGAGUCGGGAUUCUGCUCUUGAACAUGGUUCCAAUGCAGAUUUGACGAACUCCAGGGCUGAACAGGGUAUGGUUAGUCCUAAAAAUUCUGCUGACGCUGUUCAACAAAAUUAUCAUAACAUGGUUCAUCCUGCUAGUGAUGAAAUCAAUUUCCUUGAUCAUUUUAGCUGUAGCAAGAUGAAUAAUCCAUCAGUUUCUGCAGAAAACAAACAAAACAAUGAAGAUGAAAAUGCAAUCGAAAUGAAGAAUAAAAGGAAGAACAAAAGAAAACAAGGUACUGGUACCAUUGAACCAAAUGAUAUUCUAGAAUCUCUUCCUCCUACAGACAAAACUAGCUUAACCGAUCAUUUUGGUACUAGUGAAGUGGCUGUGCCAUCUGUUCCAGCAGAAAACAUGACCAGAGAAUUUGAGAAUUUGAAGAAAAGUAAGGAGAAAAAGAAGAGAAAAAGAAAAUCUAACUUGGAAGAUCCUGCUGCUGAAAAGGAGAAUCCUAAUUGUGAUCAUCAAGACAUUGAUAUUGGUACCCAAGAUUCUCAGCAUUCUGUUGUACAGAAAGGAACAAUGGGGCAGGACAGUGGAAAAGAGAAUAACGAUAAAGUUACUCAGAAUGCCAGUAUGAUGCUACAGGAGCCUGAAGAUGCCACAUGUGGUAGCACUCUUGAAAAGAAGCUCCAUCAAAGUAAUGUUGAUAGUCAGGACAAUUUGCCAAUCGAUGAGGAUCAUGCACAUAUGAGCAAAGGACAAAGGGAGUCCGCUUCUCAGACAAAGCCUUAUGCUAAGAGUAGAAACCAUGAUGAGUCUAUCAAUAGAAGGGCAGGUCCAAAUCCCAAUGCUGUAAGCAAACUUGUGAAGAGCUUUUCAAUGAGCCCACCAGCAUCAAGUGACAGCACAGAGGGCACACCACAAAAUGCUAACCGAUAUAGAGUUGCAGUACGGAAAGUUCCGAGAAAAAGGUAUGAGCAGACUAGUGACAAAUCCAAAAAAGAGAGUAGGAAGGCUGGCUCAGGUGCAAUAUUCAAUGAUGCUAUCAGUGAAGGCUCUGAUGAUGCUUUGGACACCAAGAGUGCAAAGGCUGCCAUGGAAGCAUCAUCAGAUAAUUCGUCCACAUCUGCUGACUCAGGUGUUUCAUCUGCAGCCUAUGAUGAAAGCGCAGUGCCUGAUGAUGAUGGCACUGUAUCAUUAUCACAGAGGAGUCUCAAAGAUGGGCUGCACAUUGGCUCUAUCCUUCGGGGUUCCAGUAGCUAUAAGAAGGCGAGGCAGAAGCAAACAGAGGAUUUGGAUGAUGACAUCGUGGUGCCUGAUAGCCAGCCAGCGGAUGGCGUUUGAGGCUGAACAUGAUGCCUGAAAGCAGCACGGACCCUGCUCCAGUUUUUUGCCUUAAUACACCUGAUGCGGCGUAAGCUUCAGGCUAGCCCCUAAGAUGGGCUUUGCAGAGUUGUAGCUGAACCUGUCUUGUUGUCAUGUAAAACAUGUCCAAGUGUGUAAUUUGUUAAUGGCGUUUUUGUUGGUCAUAGCCAUUAUUACACGGUUCUGUCAGCCCUCUCAGUUCGUUCUUUUGCUAGGUUUUACAUGGGCCAUUUUUGACAACUGCGUUGCCGCCCGAGGAUGAGUCGAUGAUGUUCCUGCUACAACUUACCCGUUACAAAAUAUACAAUGCAACCAUAUGUACUUUUAGUGUCU